UCCAGAUUGUCAAGUGAAUUUAGUGUGAAGUUACACUGUUCCUUUAAGAAUACGAUGUGCUCCAAACUUGUUUACAUUCACUCAUGAUAGGAAGGGGUAUUCAGCCUAUUUAUAUUACUUUUCAUGUUUGCUUCUAACAGUGCAAUCCUUUUUAAUAAGUUGUACUGACACAUUGUUAGCACCAUGAAUAGACAGAGUGAAAGUAUGUAAAGAAUGCACUGCUGGAAAAACUGGUGCAAUUUAGUCAUCCCCCUUUAAACGGGGCUGAAGGAAAAAGGGCUGAUGACUGGGUUUGACCGUCUAAGGCCACUAUUACUGUCAGGAAAAUGGGAAAGUGGAACACAUGUGUGGACCCAGAGGUGUCUUAAAGUUAUCCAAGAAGGAUAACCACAAAAAUCGCAAGCGAUAGAUUGGAGGGGGGUAGGGAACAAAGAGCCAAAACACCAUUCUAACUAAUGCACCGAAAAUUAUUAACUAAACCACUGCUGCCAAGCAGCUGACUCGAAACUAAAUUGUCCGGGAGACCCGGAAACAAUUCAAGGAAAGGCUGCCAGGGAGGCCUUAAAACUCAACACAAAAGGCUGGGGUAUAUCAACUACCCAGAACCCCAAGUUAUUCUAACAAUAGACACAAAUACACAAAUAGAGACAACACAGGGAGAACCUCUCACUCUGAAGGUGAGAUAAUGAGUCAGCACAGAGCAUUGAAUUCCAGGAGUAUAAAUAAGCUUCCCACACCUGGCUUUAAUCAAGGCCAGUCAGCCACAAAUACACCUGACUCUGCACUUAAGUGAUUCAGUCACCAACCCCAGUGAGAAGCCAGAGAGUGUGUCCUUACAGGACCCCUCCCUCUAAGGAACGGCACCUGACGUUCCAGCAGGACCAUCUGGGUGGUGGCGACGAAAGUCCCGAAUAAGUUCCGGGACCAAAAUGUCCCUAGCUGGGACCCAGGCACGCUCCUCCGGACCAUAUUCCUCCCAGUCUACAAGGUAUUGCAUGCCCCGUCCCACUCGAUGACUUUUCAAGAUGCGCCGUACAGUAUAGACUGGUUGGCCCCCUACCAAAUGGGGCGGAGGUGGUGGCCUUACUGCUGGCACCAGCGGACUAGAGCAGACUGGUUUGAGGCGAGACACAUGAAACGUGGGGUGAAUCUUCAUAGAUCGGGGAAGCAGGAGUCGAACAGUGACAGGGUUAAUCCUCCGAAUGAUCUUGAAGGGGCCGAUGAAGCGUGGCGCUAAUUUACGUGACUCUACCUGCAGGGGCAGAUCCCUUGUAGAGAGCCAAACCCUCUGCUCAACUUGAUAUUGUGGUGCAGAAAGGCGACGCCGGUCAGCAUACUUCUUUUGUAGUGCCACUGAGCGUUGAAGAGCUGUCCGGAUCCACCUCCAGGUAGCACGACAUCGCCGGAUGUACUGCGCAGCGGAAGGCACCCUCACAUCUCUCUCGUGUUCUGGGAACAACGGUGGCUGAUAACCAUACUGACACUCAAAAGGAGACAAUCCUGUGGAUGCAUUCUUUAAGGUGUUGUAUGCGUACUCUGCCCAGACAAGUUGAUCGCUCCAAGUGGAUGGGUUUGAGGAGACCAGACAACGGAGCGUUCUCUCAAGCGUUUGAUUAGUGUGUUCUGUCUGGCCAUUGGUCUCUGGAUGAAAACCUGAUGACAGACUGGCAGAAGCACCCACCAGAGAACAGAAUGCCUGCCAAAACCGGGAAGUGAAUUGUGGGCCUCGGUCUGACACAAUGUCUAGGGGAAGGCCAUGGUGGCAAAAGACAUGCUGGACCACAAGACGGGCGGUCUCCAGGGCUGAAGGGAGCUUUGAGAGAGGGAUAAAGUGGGCCCCCUUCGAGAAUCGGUCUACUACCACCAGAAUGACAGUGAACCCCUUUGAGGUGGGCAAGCCUGAAAUAAAAUCCAGGGCCACAUGUGACCAAGGGCGAUGGGGGAUAGGCAGAGACUAGAGAAGACCAGCAGGGGGCUGUUGUGAUGUCUUGUUUUGGGCACAAACCGUACAAGCAGCCACAAAUGCUUGUACGGUGCUCAGAACCCUCAAGCCAGUGGCGCCACUCUUCCUAGGCCAACUUCACUGCUAGAAGCUUCCCUAUCUACUGAUAACGGUAUUGUAUUUUGUUUUAGAUUUUUUUAAAGUUGCCGGUUCACAUGGCAACGCUUUCAAAACAACCACCAUGCACAAGGAUCUGCAAAAAUGACUGUAGUACACAUGCCAGGCCAGUAGUUGGCGAUGUCACUUUAUAUUGAAAAAGCACAUGCAUGCGUACAUACUCUUCCUUCUACAGAGCGGUGAGGUGUAAACUUAGAAAAAAUGGCUGAUGCAUGAAAGGAUGGUGAGGUGGGAGUCAUGCCAGUAAACAAUUAUUACAUCUAGAAUUUUUAAGUCCACCACUGUAGUUGUAGUCCAACUACUCAUGCAUGGCUGUUGUCUAAAAACGUUAUGCACAUGUCAUGUGUGUUUCCAAGGAGCAACCUCUGCUGUUAAAAAAUGAAGCCAAUGCUAAAGUGAAAGAAAACUGCAGUUUGUCGACUGUCCACUUGGUGCACCUGAAGUCACAUACACACCCCAUUCAAAAAAAGCAUGUUUUACAGCAUGAAUUAACACAUUUACAGCCUGGUUCAAAAACCAAUAAAGGUCUGAUGGCCACCCCCGGAUCUACCUCUGAUUCUCACCAACCUCUUCCAUGUUAAAUGUUCCUGCUCUUUCUUCAGCUACCUUCAAUAUUUUGUUCCCCCUUUCCGACCUCUUGAGUCACCAAACGACUUGUUGAAGUACUGCAUGGCUAAAGCAUGGGUCUACAGGAUUACAUGACGGAGAGAUGUGUCUUGCAUUGUGGACCCCAGAAUAUGACACUUGAAAAAUUUGACCAGAUGAUCCUGUCGACAUGGCAGGACGACCCCUCCUGCUUUGCGCUGCGAGACGUGCUGAUCUAUGAGCUGGUGGUUCUAAUAGAAGACCAAGAAGUCCAUCAUGAUAAAUUGGCUGUGUUGCACAAUCAGAUCGGAUCUACUCACUCCUGGAGCUGGACGCCAUAUUUGGCGUUGGAGUGCGCGUCCCACUCAGUCAGGAUCAGCUUACGAUACAACAACCGCACAAGUCCAUGGACACAGGAAAAGACUCUUCCUGGGAGAGGAGCCUCCAAAAAGCCGCAGGUUUUCCCCCGGGACAAAGUGUUUGAGGUUGGCCGUCAUGGGAAUUUCUGCUGCAUCAUGCCUGCAGGGGCAGUUUUUAACAAAAUGUACAUGAGUGGUUAUAACAAUUCGAAUAUGAAAACAAGAAAGAUCAACAAUCAGACGUACGUUUUGACUGUCCUCCUGGACCAGCCGUCAAACAACAGCUGCACCAAUGUAAUAUGCCAAACAUCCGACUACGGGGCGUGUGCUUACAUCGGCUACCGUCCUGAUGACAGAGAUCUUCAGUGUGAAACUCAAGAUCUGGAAUCAGUUGAUUGUCUCUGGACAGUUGGAAAAGAACUGCCCAAACGACAGCUUUCAACAGAGUAUCAGCUAAAUGGAAGUGAUUGUCCAAAUGGUUCGAAGGGGAGAUGUUCUCAAAGAAUUCAAGAAGUCGGUGAGAGAACCUGGACGCUAACAGCAAAAAAUAAUUUAGGGAAAAGGGAGCUAACAGACAGAGCAGACCUGAUGAAAAGAGUGCACAUGUUUGCUCCAGAGGGAGUGUCAGCUUCAGCUGUGAAUGCCAGAAACGUCACCCUGAGCUGGAGGUGGAAAGUGCUACGAUACAGCAAUCUUAAUAUUACCUGCCAAGUAAACGUCAGCCAUUUUGAAACAAAUACAAUGAGUGAAAUCUUUGGAGUUGGCCUUCUUUCUGUGGUUGUGACUGAUUUGAUACCAAACUGGACUUACAAUGUGGCAGUAAGAUGUGGAACAACAGAACAUUUCUGGAAAUGGAGCAACUGGAGCGCAAGUGUCAACUUCCACACGAGGGGGGAUGUUCCAGAUGCCCUCGACGUGUGGAUGCAGGCGAGGGAUAACCAAACUGUGAUUAUUUGGAAAGAACCCCAGUCCAACGAGAGUCAUGGAGACAUCUUAGAGUAUGAAGUUAGCUGGACAGAGAACGCAGAGAGAGAGCGGCUGAAUAAAACCAAAGUGGAUCACAACUUUCUUAGCGUUUCCCUCACUCUCGACCCCACUGAGGAGCACAUCGUCACUGUGUCAGCCAGGAAUAUAAACGGCAGCUCAUCCCCGACAACCAUCGUCAUCCCCAGACGUAAAUCAGUGUUUCUUCCAGAUAUAACCAAUGUGGAAACUGAUGGAAUAAUUGGCAGCGAUGGCGGCUUCAAUCUGUCCUGGUCUGUCAGCUCUGCAGCCAGCUGUGGAUACGUGGUGGACUGGUGUCCUGCGUCAGAGAACUGCCGAGUGGAGUGGCUGAAAGUGCCUCCAAAUGUGACAAACACAAGAGUGUUUUCAAAAAGUUUCAAAGCUGGAGUGAGAUACUCUCUGUCGGUGUACGCCUGCACAAACAGAGCUCCAGUGUUUUUAGAACGGAGGGAAGGAUAUACUGAAGAGAAAAGAAUAGAAGACAGCCUGUUUCAGUCAUUGAAAUGGAACCAGCGCGACUCAGACGUUGAGAUAUCCUGGGAGCCUGUACCUUUAAGAAACCAGCCCGCUUUCAUUUAUGGAUACGUGCUUUAUGUUGACAACAACAACAACAAAGUUCUCAGCGUCAGCACAGACGAUCCUAAGGCCUCCAGUCUGACAGCAACAAACCUCAACAUCAACACCUACACCUUCACAGUGAAGGCAAAGACAGCAGCUGGAGAGGAGGGAACCACAACCAUCACCGCCACCUUAAACUCUCUGACUGAUAACCUGAUCGAGAUCGUUUGCGUCUCGUUGGUCGCUGUUUUCGGACUCCUCUCCCUCGUCACCAUCCUUUGCUUCAGACACUGGUCAUGUAUCAAACACAAGGUCUAUCCUCCGAUACCAACGCCGGUGUUGAGGGACAAAUGGUUGACAACGGGUGAAAAUCGAUGUCAUCAUCUUCGUGUGGAUCAGUUCCCCCACAGCGAGGCUGAUGUCAUGGAUGUCCCAGAGCUGCACAAACCAGGAGCACCAGUGAACGAUUAUGUGAUCCAGAAUGUUUCUGCACACACACAAACUGAGAAGGGUUACUACAACCAGCCUGUGAGAAACUGCAUCCCACAACCCUCCUCGGCCAUCCACCCUCCACUCAGGAGUUUAUUCCCGAACCCGUUGUAUAGCCUGACGAUGGUGCCGGGGUAUCAGUGGUGCAGCUCGGGUCCUGAGCCUCAGGGGGGGACACAUUUAGAGAGAAGCAGUGAUGGAUACCAACCUCACAGUGAGGCAGAACGCUCCUCUGUAAAUCAGACAGAGGUGCGUCCAGACAGUCCCAUAUCUUGUGUCUCCACCUACAUUCUGCUACCACAGUCACCUCAAUAAUAACACGUCACAGAUUUCAUAUCUUAAACCCUCCCAGUCAGAGCCUACAAAUGGAUGCUGGGGUGGAGGUGGGGCUGAGCAAGAGUGCAGUAUUGGUGCAGGGCAGAACUAGCUAUGACAGAGCAGAGAGGGAGAGACCAGGAAGGAGGUGUCAUCAGGUGUUUGGAUAAAGAUACACGUCAAGUGUAAAGUCAGUGCAGCUGGAGUCGCCUGCCUGAACUAGCUGGAAGGCGUCCUCUCAUUUCUUGUUUGUAUCACUAAUAGCAUCUGACUGUUGUGCAGCAAUCUGACGCAAAUUAAGGUACAGAAAUUAUUAUUUUUUCUCUCAAGGUGAGAUCCCUUCUUAAAAAGAAACAGCUGUGACACCACCCUCCUCAAAGGAGGAGUCAGUAGAAAUGUUUGUUGCAGCUUGUAAACACAACAUUCAGACUCUCCUCCUGGGCCUCUAAAGUGCCCCGUAGGUGUCAAUAUGAGUGUGGCUGGUUGUGUGUUAGUCCUGCUGUGAUCGACUAGCGUUCAGUCCAGGUCUACCCCGCCUCUCGCCCAAUGACAGCUGGGAUCAGAUCUAGCCCCCCAUGCAACCUCAAACAGGAAAAAUCUGUACAGACAAUCGAUGGACGGAUGUCUGAAAAAUCCCAGUGAAUAUGAGUCAAAGUGUGUUAUUAUGUUAUGUUUCACCAGUGAGCACUAGAGGGAGCUAAAGCUACAUGCUAGAGACCGGACUCAGUGCAAACUGGGACUGUGAAGUGCACAGUUGAGGUACUUUUUUUUGUAUUCACUGUUUGUUUUAAUACUUGAACUCCAUGACAUCUUGUAGACAAUCACUGUACACUUAAUCCACUGUGUUGGCUUUUAGGUUACUGUUUAUAAGAGAAAAGAUUAAAACCGCUGUUGUUCCCAA